CCUUGCUGCUGUUUACUUAGCUUAGCUGACUAAUGUUCAGUAUGAAACGGUGGAGCUAAUUAGACUGGUGGUUUCUCUUAACCGGAAAAACAUACCAAUGAAAUGUGACGAAGUGGUUACCGGUGCAGUCUGACAGGGUUGACACAGCCUGUUACCGUCGCUAGGGCUAGUUUUUGUUGAUAGAGGCAUGAGACGGCUGCUUAGCUGGGUCCUAAAUGGCCCAAAAGUGAGUCGGACCAUGUGGCUGCCCUUACCCCCGCCUAAGCCAAAAAACAAAUCUCUUCUGCUGUGCACCUCGUCUUUUCAGGGAGACGCAGUUUGCAAUGGGAUUCACAGUAAAAAGGCGCUUCUGUCGGACCCUCAGCUGUUUGAAGCUCAGUUUGAAGAGCUGGUUACAGAACUUGCAGAGCGGGAUCUCACCGACCCUGCUCUUUCUGAUGCUCUGAGCAGGCUGAGACAGGUUCUGGAGUACAAUUCCCCCGGAGGCAAGAGGAACAGAGGCCUGUCAGUGAUUGGCUCACUGAGGGAACUACUCCCACCCACUCAGCUCACACAGGACACAGUGCAGAGGGCUCUCACCGUGGGCUGGUGCAUAGAGUUGCUUCAGGCUUUUUUCCUCGUGGCCGAUGAUAUCAUGGAUGCAUCUGUGACCCGCAGAGGACAGCCCUGCUGGUACAAGAAGGAUGGGAUAGGUCUUGAUGCCAUCAAUGACUCAUUUCUCCUUGAAGGGUCAAUCUACAGACUUCUUCGCCGACACUGCAGGGAUCAGCCUUACUACGUCCAUCUGCUGGAGCUGUUUACUGAGACAUCUUUCCAGACAGAGCUCGGCCAAGCUCUUGACCUCAUGACUGCUCCUCCCGGUCAGAUUGACCUCAACAGAUUCACCAUGGAGAGAUAUAAAGCUAUUGUGAAAUACAAGACUGCCUUUUAUUCCUUUUACCUCCCUGUGGCAGCUGCAAUGUACAUAGCAGGAAUUGUGAGUGAAGAGGAACACAGUAACGCCAAGCAUAUCUUGCUUGAGAUGGGAGAGUUCUUUCAAAUUCAGGAUGACUAUUUGGACUGCUAUGGAGAUCCUGCCGUUACAGGAAAGAUUGGUACAGACAUCCAGGAUAACAAAUGCAGCUGGUUGGUGGUCAGAGCUCUGGAAAUCAUGACUCCUGAACAGAGAGCAGAGCUGGAGGCUUGUUACGGGCGUCAUGAUGAUGCCAGUGUUGAAAAGGUCAAAGCAUUGUACAACACGCUGCAGAUGCCAGAACUGUACCACAAAUAUGAAGAUGAGAGUUACCAGCGGCUACAGAAGCUCAUCGCAUGUCACGCUCAAAACCUUCCUCAUUCAGUCUUCCUCAAUUUUGCCAAAAAAAUCUACAAAAGGAACAAGUGAUAGGGGAGGGAUUCAUUAACACUGGAAGCUGUUUCAACAAGGUUAUCCUGCAACUGUUAACUUGACACAGGGUGUGACUUCUCUGAGUCCCAGUAGCCUGGCCUGAAGAGGGCCGUGAUGUGUAAAAAUCUCUCUGGAAAUUUAUAAACUGUAAUGGUUUUGUAGAUAAUUGGCUGUAAAUGUCUUCAUAUAGCUUGUAUCUUUUGCUUCAUGUUAUCUAUUUAUUAAAGAGUGGAUUUAGGAAUGGCAUUGCUUUAGCUAAUGGGCACGUUGAGCUUUAAUAUUUUUCUGUCCUCAGGAAUGCAAGACGGGGCAAGGUACCAGCCCAAACAGAUAUGAUCGUCAAAAUAAUGAGAAUUUUGUAGGAAAAGAGGUAAUAUGUGGUGAACAUUUGAAAAGGACAGUGCAUCUUUGUCAGUGUCAAUCCUGACCAGACAGGUUUAAAGCUAAUUUUUAAUUCCAGAUAUUUUUGUAAUGCAGCUUUAAAGCCUCUACUGACCCGGAUGUUAUUGAUUUUAAUAAAUAAUGCACACCCA